ACGACUGUAACGAUAUUGUAUUUCCAACUACUCGUAUGGGAUACUAUGAAAUCAGUUCACUGAUUAUACUAGUGCUUCUAGUUGGAGACAUUCAGGCAGCAUGUCCUGCUGGUACCUUCCUUCGAGGAGACCAAUGUUUGGUGUGCUCGGCUGGGUAUUACGAGUCUGGGGGAACGUGUGAGGCGUGUCCGCUAGAUCAGUACAACGACGCGGAGCAGGCUACAGAGUGUAAAGCGUGUCCGGGCGGGAAGAAAACCCUGGAGAUAGGGUCUGAUGCGGAGAGUAAAUGUAUUGACUUGUGUGAGAUUCCCGCUACUUACAACGCUGGGUACAGGGUCGCUUCAAAGCAAGGGCUUUACAGCGUAUCCUCUCAAGACAGAGUUGCGUACAAUACAAAGCUGGUGUUCGUGUGUUCCCCCGGUUACCAGUACGAUAACACCAACACUAACAAACUGGAGAAGACAUGUUCAGCUGAUGUUGGGGAGCUUCCUUCCUUCUGCAUACGAAUUGAAACCAAUAACGAGGGUCUGGAGGCGAGCCAGGAAGGAGAAACUUACUUGGUCUCAACUCAGGAAAAGAGUGUGACAGUGUCUUGUCAAGUGUUUCCGCUGGAACAGAGCAAGUACGCAAGUGUUCAUUUCUUCAAGGAUGAUGUUAAAAAGACCCAGGAUCCUGUGGUCCUGGUAGCAUCAAGUGACCACAAGUCCGCUAGUUACACCGUCCAAGAAGAGGGAACCUGGCGGUGUGGUCUAGCUGACGACAUCACGGGGGACAUCAACAAACCUGUCUCUGAUGCUGUCGUCUCCAAACUUACGCUCACGAUGGAAAAACCAGAUGAGCUGGCUGUUUCAACUGCAGAAUACAGCAUUUCCUGUGUAGCCUCUUAUCUCGACACCAUGGCUCUUCCUGAACUGACUCUGACUUUGAAUGGCAAUGCUGUAACCGGAACUACCUCCAACAUAGACGGGAGCACGUACCGUAUCUCAACGUUAUUCGCCACACCAUCAAGUGGAAUAGCUGGAGAAUACACGUGUAAUUCCAAGUGGAAGAUCACAGACGGGGUGGUUAUCAGUGAGAGUCAGUUAAAGCAGACUGUGGAUUUCCUUGGUUUCAAGACAGAAUACCCUGGUGGAGAGGAUGGUACCAGCGCCGAGAAGAUCAUAGCGUCAAAAGACACUGAUUUUACUCUGCUCUGUGAAACUUUCCCUGUGUCAGGAACACAACCGACAGUGAAGUUUUUCGUGGAUGGCUCUGAGACGGCAGCCAGCGCAGGCAACUCUCUCGCCGUGACGGCUACAGGAGAGAAAACUGUUUACUGCACUGCAACUGUUGGUAGUCAGACGGUAACAUCUAAGACGAUGACGCUGGUACCUACAGAGCUGACUGUGGAGCUGACCCCGGCUCUGGUGUACGGAACAGUUGGUGACACUCUCACUCUUACCUGCUCCAUGAAGGGGGACAAUGUCGAGCUGUUCAUACAACAGUUUUCCACGGCGGUACUGAACACGUAUGUGGAUGGCUCCAACACGUUCACUAAGGACAGUGCGGAUGUGGACGAUACUGGGGCCUCCAAGUUCGAUAUCACCAUCUCAAAGACCAACACAUGGGCAAGGUGUGGUAUGUACAUAUUGAGUGAGGGACUCCAUUUCUACUCCGAUCCCAUCAGGAUUUAUUACAGAGAGAGCACUGUUUCCCCUGACUAUCUCGUCCUGCUGGCUGGAGGGAGCAGCUCCUUCACUCUUCAAGUGUAUGGUGACCCCUCUCAAGUGACCGCCUCCAACCCUGAAAUUCAGACCAACAAGAUUACCGACAAAUCGUCCGACUGGAUGACCUACUACGAAGUACCAGUAACGUCCGCCAAAACCAAAUGGUACGGUCCUCUAGACUUUACUAUCACCUAUACCUCAGACAAGGACACGGAUGUUAAGGAGACUAAACUCUAUGUUACCGAUGUGUCAUUGAGCGCCUACUCGGAGAACGUAGCUGCCGCUCAGGAUAUAGUUCUGAUCUGCUCCCAUGUUAACCCUCCUGUGUACAACCUGCCUUCUGUAACCUGGACCAAGGGAGAGCUGGUAAUAGAGGAUUCAGCCAGAGUUGAAAUCACGAAUGGCAAAGACGAAACUACACUGAAGAUAAAAUCCGUCGAGGAAUCUGACACUGGACUCUACAAAUGUGCUGUUGACUUCAAAAAUAAAACCGACGUUGUUAUGUUUCAGAAGACUUCUGACUCUGUUCAGCAAAACGUAGUCGGGGAAGCUUAUUUCUCCGACUCAGAAGCUUGGAUGGGACAGCAAGUUAACGCACUGUUCCGGAUAUCUUGUCAUGUUCAUUACAGUCGCCCUUCAAACUCUGCAGCUCCUAAGAUCGGUGUUCAGUGUCAAGACUCAGGUCUGGAAGGCUGGGUGACGAAGGAAGAAAAAACAACAUCCAAGACUGACAAAAAAUUUACGGAGUUGUUUGACGUCACGAUGGUAGAAACAAUGAACAACAAUGACUGCAGAUGUUUUGGAGAGUUCUAUGACGCUGUUCUGGAACCUUACGAAAUUUCCUCUCCUCUUACUCGAGUGUUUGCUUAUGCGGUAAAAAGAUUGCCAGGUUCAGAUGAGAAGCACUUCUCGAUGAUAUCACACUCUGUCACAAUGAAGUGCUCUGCUAACGGAAACGGAACCUUACCCAUUCAAUGGAAGAAAGGUGACACCAAGCUGAGCGGGAGUAAGUACACGGUGACAGGAGAAGAGCCGAUAGACGGUGUCUAUACCUCUACCCUGGUCAUCACUCAGAUAACUGCGGAUAUGGACGGAGGGUAUGCGUGUUAUGUGGCCUACGAGGUCGACACACAGCUUCAGGCAGACUUUAAUCUUCAUGUUCUGCAUAUCGAGGAGUUUAGCACCUCCAUCCGGUACGAGAACGAAGGAUCGUCUGUGUCUCUCACCUGCAAGGUAUCCCAGAUUGAGGAUAAAGUACCCACUGUGACCUGGGACCAGGAAGGUACCACCAAAGAGGGGUGUGAUACUAGCAUCGUCAGAGGCGGUACCCUGGACUGUGUGCACGUGCUCACGAUCACAGCACAGUUGGAACGGAGUGUGAGCUGUUCAGCGGAGUACAGAGGUCAACCUUCUCUUAAGGGACAAUCCCAGAAGUCAGGAGCUGUUACUGUCAUCUCGCAGCGCGUGUGGAGCGACCAGAGCAAGGUAACAGUAGUGGACGGGGAGACGGCAGAGUACGUGUGUUACGGGAGCGGAAACCAGAACGCAAUGAGAGCAACCCUUAACUAUCCCGGAAAUCCCACUGCGAUUAAGGAGAAUAUUGGGACGUACGAGGCUAAGUUCACUUUUGUGAUGGCAAAAAUAACGAACGAUAAAGAGGGUGAAUAUCAGUGUGAACUUAACUUUGCGACUCCGGUUCAAUUAGCCGUUACAGUGGAAAUAAUGAGGUUAACGGAGGGGUUCCCCUCGGAGACAACAUUCCAGACUGUGGAUAAGGUUCAGAGCUUCACAUGUGCUACCGAUUUGAUGGGGGACAACACCAACGCUAAGAUUCGUUUUGACGGGGGACCGUCCGCAGACCCGAACUUGUUCAAGUACUUUGACACAGAAGGAGAGGCGAGCAGCACCCUCAUCCUCCAGCCCAUCACGGAGACAAUGAACAUGAAGGAGUACAACUGCAGUGUGGAGAUAAAGGGGAGUGAUGCUGAUGGAGAUCUGACUUCCAAAGGGCUGUUUGUAGUCCAAUUUGUAAAGCUAGAGAAGAAAAGUUACUUCGGAGUGGACAAACAGCCCCUGAGCAUACCUUGUGUUGCCAGUGGAAGAAAGGCGCACGUGGAACAAAUAUCCUGGACUUUUUCGCCCGAUGGAUCAAAGAACACUGGAGAUAAACAAGCUUAUAUGACCCAAAGUUUCUCGUUAAAGUCUGUGUUAACUCAAGAUCUGUCUCCGGAAAAGGAUGGUGACUACACUUGUAGCGUACCUUACGAAACUUACCCUCAUCAAGAUGUUCUCAAUAUUAAAGUUCUCAAGAUAGAAGAAAACCCAACAUCAAACAAUUACCUGCAAGUGGGGGAUGCAGCUACAAUAUCUUGUACCGGGUCCGCUCACGGACACACCGUUGUGCCGACAUUCCUUUGGAAUUAUGUCUCCGACAUUAACACAGACAAACAAGAAACGUGCAACACACAGUACAACCCCAACUCAGCAGGGGAACUCCCAACUCCGACUAACUCAAAGGGGGUGUCCACUAUCCAGCACAGUAUUGUUCAGUCGGACCACCUCCGAUCUGUGGACUGCACGAUGUCCUGGAGUGGUACUGAUGCUGACGGCUCUCUGACGACUACUCCAGCUCUUAUUGUUGUCACUUACAUUGACGCGCAGGACGAGGUUUACGUUAUCGAAGGGCAGGACGGCAAGAUAACAUGCAUGGCAUACGGACCAGACUCAGUAGAUUUUACGUGGUGGUAUAAACAAAAUGAAGACAGCAGCGCUUUCAGCAAGCUCACCCAGGGAGGAGACUACGACAUUACCAAGACAAACUGGGAUAGUACUUGUCACAAGAGGUCCUCGACCUUGACUGUAAAGACAUCUGCGGCCUCCCAUGAGGGUAAAUAUAAGUGCAAGACGAGUGAUAAUGAGGUAACGACUAGAGAUAUGGAGAAAGAAAUUCUUUUGAAGGUGUAUCGAGUAGUUGAGUUCAAGACUGACAAAGAAGGAGAGAUCACUCAGUUUGACGCUGCUUCCUUGGCGUGUAUCGCCAGUUACCCCGGAGGGAAGUUUAAUUUCAUCAAGAAAAUUGACGGAAAGGACCCUGAAAUUCAGUAUAGUGACUACGAGGUUGAAACAGAUGUGUCAGAGGGUUAUGAAGACAAAUCCUUCCUGACAGACAAAUGGGUAGCAGCUGGGUGGAACAUCCAGACGUUUGACGUUGAUGAUACGGGAGAGUACGAGUGCAAGGUCGAGUGGAACGGAGACGCGGCUCCUGUCAAGAAACUGGAUCUGGAAAUAAGCUUGGUGUGCCAAAGACCGGACAUAACAAACGGUAAGCUGUUAACGGAUGACCCAGACACAGUGUGGAUUAAGAAGGGCGAGAGUGGCACUGUGACCUGUGAGUCAGGUUUCACCCUUAGUGGGGAGAGUUCCGUUAAUUGUGUUGACGGCCAGCUGAAAACACCCACCGGUGGUUCACUGACAGCGCAAUGUCUGGCGGUUCCAGAGAAGAGGUGUGUGGUUCUGCCAGCCCCAACUAACGGCAGAUUAAACUGUGUGAUGAGGGCAGGUAACCUGGCGUGCAGUGUUGUGUGCAAUACAGGUUUCCUUAUCUCUGACGCUUCUGAUAACGAGUACACGUGUACAGCUAAUAGUGGAGAGAACUGGGACCACGUGGACGCCACUAAUCCUCUCGGCAAGACAGCCACGUGCGACAAGUUGACAACGAGGAUCUACACUUACACUAUUGAUGAUCAGGACUGUUCUGCAAUCAAUACUGCGUACGAAAGUCAAUGUGAUGUGGAUUGUAAAGGAGUCCUAAAGGAGUUGAAUUGUGAUGAAACUGCUGGAACAACUAUCACUAUCAAGUCACUGAAAAGCAGCACGGAAGUUUUACAAGCACUUGAAGGUCUGACAGCCAGUGAUAACGGGAGGAAACGCAGGCAGGCGGGAUCAUCUCGGUUUACGUUCGUGUCCGAUCAAAGUUCCUGCGAGAGUUCUGGAUCGGCACUGAGUGGAGAGUAUUGUGUUGAGUGCUCGGCUGGAUACUACUCAAGUAAUAACAAGUGUAAGAGAUGUGCAGUUGGAGCGUACUCCAACUUACCCGGACAAACGGAGUGUACAGAGUGUACUGGAGAUCUGAGCACCUUAGGAGAGGGUGCAUCACACUCUUCUGAAUGUAUUGAGGUAUGCCUGAUCCCCGGAGUGAACCAGGGAAGCUCGUACCCUCCUGAGGACUACACAGUUCCUGCUGGAACUACACUCACUCUCACGUGUAAUACUGGAUAUGAUCUGGAGUACAACCAGGCUGACGAGAUCGAAUGUGCUGACGAGCUCCCUAAGUGCUACCGCAGAUGUUCUGUAGAGAGUCCAGAAUACGACAACAAUGGUCUGAAGAAGGUUGAGAUAGGUUCCUCUUUCAUUGACAAAGUUCAGCAACCUUCAGCCCUCUGCGGCGGAAGAGAUGUCAAAUGUACCGGGGGAAACAGCCCCUCUAUUGUGCACGGGUUCCCAAUAAAGGCUGUGUGUGUAGAUGUAAAAGCAAUGGAGAACGGGAAGACAGAGCAGAUUCUCUACUGUCAAGAAAACGUCCUCUUUAGCUUCCCAGACUGCUCUGAAUGCAAAACGGGGUGCUCUGAAACUCAGUGGCAGUGCAAUUCCGACUGUUCCUGUAUAGACAAUUCAAAGCGGUGCGAUGGCGAAGAUAACUGCAAAGUCAACUCUAAUAAACCUUGGAUAUCAGACGAGUAUGACUGUCCUGUUGAUAUAACGAGCCCGCAGGGUAUACAGUUCGACCACUGGCAGCAGGAGGACAGUAGCAUUGAGCCGGUUAUAUUUAACUACAAUCAGGAGAAAGAUUGGAAACAGUUUGCAACUUGUCUAUGGCUGCAGACUUCGUACAAAGGCCCUCAGACAGUCUUUUCUUAUGGAGGAAAGAUAAGCAUGUCAGUCCACGAUCAAUUGUUGGCGGUUCACUUUAACUUUGACUCCACAAUAUCCACGUUUUCGAACACUGCCUCGGGUAUCUCUGACGGAGACUACCACAGAAUCUGUCUGUCUUGGAACAGUAUUGGUGGUGUGGUGGAUCUCUAUUACGGCGAUAGGGACAUCAUAAAUGACGAGGAUUUCAAGACAUGGUCUGUUUCUGCUAAAACACUGCCCGCGGGAGAUGUUGUUAACCUAGCCGUCGGCGGAACUGAGGCGGACAAAUCAAACAGCUUCCACGGUUUUAUCAAAGAUAUGUCGGUGAUGCAGAAACAGCUUAUUAAAGAAGACAUCGACAACUUCAGAUAUUGUAAAUUCCCUGCGGAAGACAGCACACGCAUCGAAUGGUCCAAAAUCCUGACUCAGGCCAAGAGUAAAGCCACCAAAUACUAUAUCAUGGAGUAUAACUACGGAGGCUGCUCCGCUCCAACUUGUGAAACAAGUUGCCCUGUAAACAUGUUCACGUGCGGGUCAUGCGACUGUGUGUCGCCAUGGCAACGAUGUGACCUGUUCACCCAGCACUGUAUUGACAAUUCAGACGAGAAUGACUGUAAAAAAACUAACGGCGUUUUCAAGCCUUACAACAAUCAACAGGAUUACGAAAACAGCGGAAGGAAGUGUGUCACGGAGGGAGGCUACCUAGCAUCGAUUGACAGUGACUUUGAGAAUGAACUCAGUGCGAAUUCUUUGGAGAUUGACGAUAUCAGGACGGCUUGGAUAGGUACGAGGGUGGUGAAAGGAAAGGCCCUCUCCAACUGGGUUAGCGGGGCCCCCAAGUCCCAGUGGGCUGUGUCCUACUACACGGACACCACCAAGGUGGACAAGUUCGUGGGACUGAAGAACGACAAGAACUGGCUUCCUAUCUACGGUCUAUUCUCUGAUAACCUCCCUUAUCUCUGCAGGACUCAGGGUUACCUGAUAGCCAAACUGGACGAGAGUCCCCUGUCAGUGGAAGACUGGAGAGCUAAAUGUACUGCAGCUAACGACAUGACUCACUUCACCCUUGCUGAGGCUCACUAUUCUGACAGAGCCGAAUCAGUGCUCCAGUCACGGGCUCUUCACAAGAGUGAUGGUUGGGAAGGAGUGGCAUGGGCCAAGAGUAGAUUAACUUGCGAUUAUAUGAGAAGUGAUGGUAGUAACCCGGCUGAGUGUGCAACCUACUGGAACAUCCCCUCAUUCUGCGGGGUGCAGGUGGAACUGGAACAGGUUACCCAAGCUGCUCUGUCUGGGGAACAGGACAGUUACUUCCUGUGGAACAACCCUUGGAAUGACAAACUUAGCAGUGAUGGAACGAGUGAGCUGAGCCUCUGUUUCAACGUAAAGUCAGCGGGUGAAGUGGGUACAGUUUUACGGUACAGUGCUGGAUCCUAUCAGAACGAGAUACUCGUGUUACUCUCCAGCAAAUCUAAACAUGCGCCUCUAGAUAUUCUAGAGUUCACAGUGCACAACCGAGUAAACUUCUUCGGAGUUCAACUGUUGGAUGGUGUCUGGCACUCGGUUUGUAUCGCUUGGCAAACUGCCACCGGGCCAUCAAAUGAUCAAGGAACUGUUAAAUUAGUUGUUGACGGGGAAGCAAUCUCUACGGAUAAAACCCUUGCAGUGUGGCCGAAGAAUUUGUACAAUGCUAAACUCAAUAACACUGGAGUUUUGUAUGUGGGGCGGCAGGGAGACGCGAGCUAUUCGGGGACUACAAGUACAACUUUAAAGGGCUCCAUAAUGAACCUGAAUGUGUGGAAGAAGUUGCUAUCAGCAGACGAGAUGAAACAGAUGACAAAGAAAACAUCUGACAGUUUCAAGUGUGGUCCGAUUGUAGUCCAGGAACCUAAUCUCAUUCUGAGAUGGAGGGAUCUUCUUCAUUACUCAUCAUCUGGAGUGAAGAUUUCUACGACACCGGACCACCAACACUGUGGUGUUUUGCGGUACGGGACUCCCUUCAGGGCGGGUGAUGUUAUUGAGGAGGGUAAGGUGGGUGAGGAGCUGAUAAAACUGAAAAGUGCUGACGGAAAGGACAAACAAGCUGUUAGGUUCGGAGACACUGUCAGGAUUCUCAAGAAUAGCCUUAAUAACUGGAUGGUGAAAUGUGAGACAUCACAGUGCUCCUUUAGUCAGUGCUCCAAGGACGACCCGUGUGGCACAACCUUCGUGGUGUCAUCUGACAAGUGGGAGAUCGGCAGAGCUGUGGCAAUCACUGAUGACACAUUUUUGAGAUGGAAAAAUGAGGAUGGAGUAGUGAUGGCAAAGACAGUCAAGGGCCUGACAGGCACAGGGGAGGACCUGACUCUGGACGAUCAAAUCAACACUUUCAAUGUCGCUGUCGAUAAACAGGGUUGGACCACCUCUGAGUCGGGUGACUGUGGUGAGGACUGUCAGAAGUUGAUAAAAAGGGAAUGUGUGGGUGGAACUGCUGGAGAUGCUGUGUGUCCGGGAGAUAAGGAUAUAAAACAAUACUGUCAAUGCCCAACACAAUCAGGAUGUACGGCUCCAGAGGGAGAAAGUCCCUUCUCAGGUGUCUAUACCUGGAGGAACUAUCAGGAUGGCUACUUCGCUCUUUGUCCAUACGGGAGCUUCAUGACUAGGUUCCUUCCUCUGACUGUUAUCGCCCUCUGUGAUACAGAUAACAAUGCCGCUAAGUACGAUAAUGCCACAUGUUCAUUCCAAUCGGAAGCUGCUCAGGAACUAUACAAGAUCCUCUACAGUGAAACUAUAAUAUCUGAUGAAAAUGUUGAGGAUAUAGCUUCACAGACCUCUGUAGCGAUUUCAAAAGCAGAUGAUCUGGGAACUGUUCACGUGAACCUUGCUGCGGAUAUUUCUACUAAUAUUACCAAAGUAGACAACAUCACUGAAGGGGUGGUUAAUAGUGUGUUGGAUGUGUUCGACACUCUCACAAUAACGGUAUCUGACGAGGAUAUUGUCAGCAGCAAGAAGGCCUCCAAUGGACCCAAAAAGCUAGUAGACUCAAUUGAAUCAGCAGCCAAAAAGAUGAGGCCGGAAGCUGGUAAAGAGAUUACCCUGAAGAAAAAAUCAGUCGGUAUCAAGGUUAUGGAUAUACCAGACACACAGAUCGGAUCGGUAUCGUUUUCCUUAUCAAAGAAAGCGUCUACACCAAUAGACGAAGUGGAUUUUAGUACUGAUAACUUGGAUACAGAAGGGAACAAGAAGAGGACUGGGCAUAUGACUAGACAGGGUGGGAACGGCUCAACUUUGAAUGACACACCUGCUGAGCUGACAGACGUGGUGGAAGAGACGCCCAUGACCGUAUCUAUUGAGAUUGCAGGAGACGUAGCCAGGAUGACAAAACAGCUCUCAUUCAUGGUCUAUAAUAACAGUAAAAUGUUCAUAGCCAGUAGAGAACACGUCGUAGUGGCUGAUGCUAUUGGCAAUCCGUUUGAGACGGGAACCCUCUCCAUAAUGUCCAGUGUACUAGGAGGAAGUGUGGACGCGGAGACUGCUGCAGAGACCACUAAUAUUGAUUCUAAAACUAAGAGGACUACUCCAGUUGCUACUCUCACUAUGUCUGCUCAAGGGGGAGUGGACAAGGACCGGACACCGUACUGUGUGUACUGGGACGAUGCGGCCCAGAUGUGGAGUCAAACUGGACUGCAAAUAACCAGCUGUAACCCUUCUGGGGUCUCCUGCUCUUCUGACCAUCUCACUAACUUUGCAGUUCUCAUGAAUGUAGGUAACAACUCGUUCAGCCCGGCUCAUCAAACUGCCAUGACAGUACUGACUAUCACCGGGAGUUCUCUCUCUAUUCUGUGUCUUACUCUCACUGUUGUGGGACUCGCUAUCGGGAAGAUGAGACGGAACCCUACUUACCACAUCCACCUGUGUCUAGCACUUACUCUGGGACUCGCUAUGCUGGUCUUCUUGGUCGGACUGGACAGGAGAGAGAACUUUGUUGUGUGUAAAGUGUUCGCUGUCCUCAUCCAUUACAUGUUCCUCUCCUCCAUUUGUUGGAUGUUGGUGGAGGGGGUUAACCUCUACAUAGCCCUGAUCAUCGUGUUCGGAGUAAACCACAAGAAGUUGAAAAUAGCUGCCCAUUGCUUUUCCUGGGGUUUCCCUGCGCUCAUCUGUCUAAUAACUGUGCUGACGGACGCUUUCGUCGCUGGAUUCGAGCUCUAUGAAGUGUGUAUGACCGCCAAAUAUUGUUUCCUGAACCACCGUGGACGGAUGUACUUCUUCGUAGCACCGAUAAUGCUGAUGAUGGCGGUCAACAUCUUCAUAUUUGUGAGGGUUAUCAUCGUGCUGGCUAAAGCGACCAAGAACCGAGAUGGGUGGACUGAUCUGCGUCAAGUUACUGUCAUCGCAUCUAUCACUGGAAUAAGCUGGGUGUUUGGAGCCAUGACAGUUGGAGGCAGUGUGGGCACUCUGGUCUUCAACUAUCUCUACAUCAUCCUCAACUCCUUCCAGGGUAUCGUGAUAUUCUACUUCCACUGCUUCGGUAAGCCGGACGUCCGUAACGCCUGGACAGAGAAGCUGAGUACAGGUACCAGCCGGUUUAUGACCAGCUCCAAUAACAGCGCCGGCGCUCCUGCUAGCUACGGUAAAGUGGAAAUGCCUAUCAUGAAAGCCAGACCUCGAAAUGAGGUUGUGGCGAAUAAGGCUGCCAGGGGGGAAACAACUAACAUGACAUCCGCCGAACUGUCAUUGUUGGAGGAAAGUUCUCAGGGAACCACUGGAAGGAAGAUAUCAACUGCUACAGGAGUAACUGGAGAUGCGAGAUACAGUACAGCUACUAGCCCCAGGUUCUCAACCGCCACCCUGCCCGGACAACCAGGUAAAAGAAUAUCAGCUAUAGUCCCUCCAGGACCCCGGGUUGGAACCAACAACCGUCCUAAGAGGAUCAGUGCAGCACCCCUCUCGGCCCCCAUGCCUUUCCAGGCUCAACCAAAUCCAAGACUCAUGGGAGGAAAUGUGGUGAAAUUAGAAGGUGAUGAUAAAGAUACCUCCAAUAUGACAUUGACACCUGUUGAGGAUGUGGAGUAUGAGGAGUUAGACAUUGGACUACAAUCCAUGAGAGCAAAUGACGAGGAAGCAGCGUACGAUACGAUAGAAAUACACAAGGAACCUGAUCAAACUGGAACUGGAAGAAGAAGAAGGAAGAAACAAACGAACGAGACGAACACAGACAGCUGUUUAGUGGCGGAGAACCAAUACGCGACCCUGGAUGAAGCAGAAGAGCAUAAAAAGGAGGAGGAUGAGAAGGAAGUGAAGAUCUUAAACACAGACCAGCGGGAGGAGGUUCCAGGAGAAGUUGACCCAGAUAUAGAAGGGGAUCUGGCUAUAGAGGAUGUGGAGCUAGCACCAGCGGAACCCCAACCUGCUGUCAGUAGUAAUACUCUGCAGAUGAGUGUGGCUGGUGAGGACGCGGGGGAUGCUGGCACCGAUAUGGUUUAUCUUCCAGACAUGGGCAGUGAGAGGAUAUAGACAGAUGAUGUUGGAAAUGUGCUAGUGCUAUAAUAGGAUAUAGACAAUAGACAUAUCAUGUUGGAAAUGUGCUAGCAAGAGGAUAUUCAUAUAGACAGAUAAUCAGAUGUUAUCAUUGAGUAUUUUCGAUUAUACGUGUAGACAUAGAGCAGAAUGUGAGAAUGGCGAACACAUGAAAUUCAAAAUCGUGAUAAAUCAAAACAGACGAAUAGACACAGUUUUGUUAUCGUAGUAAGAUUUGCCUAGCCCCUAAGCUCAGAAGCUUUUUAUUCAAUAGAUGCGUGUGUGAUCAAUAUUUAUUGCAAAUUAGGACGUAUAAUAGCUAAACGCCAGUGAGUUAUUUUAACCUGUUAUUUCUUUACCUGUUAAGUGCUUUUAUUCAGAAUUUGAAUUGUUUGACCUAAAACUACGCUAUUUUCGAUUCUUAUAUCUCAGUAUGUUUGCUUUGAUUUGAGCUUUUUUGAAUCACCUUCCUAUCUCGUUGUACAUGAUUUAUUUUAAUAUUACAUGUAAUUACACUUAAUUGAUUGGUAUAAUUUCAAAAUACCUGUACAAUGCAAUACACUUUUAAUUCUUGUUGCAUUCAGAUAUAGUUCUUUGAUAGUCUUUGAUGGUUAUAUUUUGUUGCGAAUCAGCAUAAAUAUUGUUGUAUAUAUACAACAUAAUGUUUCAGUAUUUUCAAUCAAGUAUCAUUUUAGAAACCCACUUUCCUAGAA